UUAGGGAGCUCUAUGGCGGGUUCUUCAGGGCAAAUGGCAAGAGGAUUUGAUGUGAACAAAUUCCCUUUAGUUGAAGAAGCAGAAGACGGUGGUGCUUUAUCUUCUUCACCUAACAACAGCGCGGCAUCUUCGUUCCAGAUGGAUUUUUGUAUGUACAGUGGAGGGCAUAAGAAAGAUUUUGGUAAUGGUAAUGGUAAUGAAACGGAGGGUGAGAGAGGUUCUUCAAGAUUUAGUGAUGAAGACGAGAAUGGUUGCACUAGAAAGAAACUCAGGCUUUCUAAAGAGCAAUCUGCUUUUCUCGAAGAAAGCUUUAAAGAACACAAUACUCUUAAUCCUAAACAAAAGCUUGCCCUUGCAAAGCAACUUAAUCUUCGUCCACGCCAAGUAGAAGUUUGGUUUCAGAAUAGAAGAGCAAGGACUAAAUUGAAGCAAACUGAGGUGGAUUGUGAGUAUUUGAAGAGAUGCUGUGAAACAUUAACUGAAGAAAACAGAAGACUUCAUAAUUUUUUUAAACCAUUAAUAAUGGAAACGCAAGCUCGUCCUCUCAAUGAUGCGCCGUCCCGGAACCCUAUAAACAAAGGGAUCGAGAUUCUGUUCGAUGGCUUGAAUAUUCAAGCUAUUAAAACCGGAGGUCCAAGUGGAGGAGGAAAGGGUCACGAGUUCACGGAUGCUCAGACUUUAGGAGUCACGAAAUCUGGACCAAGUCCUGGUGAGGGACACUAA